AAGAGACCAGGAAGUGUUGACGCGGUUUACAUCUGUCGGUCAUUCGAAGAAACAGUUACAAACAUUUUAACUUUAAAGGAUAAAGCGUAACAUUUUUCACCCCCGUGGAGUAAAUUAAACCACCAAACAGUGAAAUCAUGGGGCUGGCUGAUCCAGAUAGUACGGAGCCAAGAGAAGGAGAGUCUUCACAGGAUGUGGAUCCAGUUAAAUCUCUGCAGUCUCAAGUGGAUGGGGUCAAGGAUAUUAUGACCCAGAAUGUAGAUCGGAUCCUGGCCCGUGGAGAAAGACUGGAUGAUCUGAUGGGCAAAUCUGAAGACCUGCAAGCUGGGGCCCAGAACUUCAAGCACACCUCUCAGAAGGUUGCUCGUGCCUACUGGUGGAAGAACGUGAAGCUGAUUGUGGUUAUUGUUGUGAUAGUCCUCAUCAUUGUACUGAUUGUCAUAUUCCUUGCUACUGGUGUGAUCCCGACCAGUGCACCUGCACCCAAACCUCCCACUGUGAGACCACCAUAAGAUUUCUAUCAGUUACAAACACUCACACAUACACAUACAGAUAUAUGCAACCAUGUCCACACACCAACACAAUUCAUAACUCCAGGAAUUCACACACAUCAUACACACACAUACCUUUUAUUUGCACAUUUUGCUCAUGUACCUUCAUAUCUCAUGGUAUCACACCACCUUAUAAUGAGUAGCUUCCAUAAUGACAGCUUCGAACCCUUGAAGUGGAGGAUUUUAAAAAGUCUAUAGACAGAUUGCUGUCUAUUUUCAUACUUCUCUCCUCCUGAAAGGUCAAUCUAGUGGCCACUUCAGCUGUCUUUAUGGUUCUCUAAAGCCUGAUAAAAUGCCACAACUGUAAAAGUACUUGCAAUAUUGUUCAUAAAUGAAGGGACCCUUGAAAUAGUCAUAUACUGGCAUUGAUCCAGCGGAGGUAAUGGGUGAAAGUUCUAUCUAUUGAAUUAUGAAGUAUAUUUAAGACUGUUAUAUUAGAUUACAUAAGAUGUUACUUGUAAUUAUGGAAUACUUUUAGAUCUUCAAGUGUCUCUAUUUUGUAUUUGAUGGGUCACUGUCUUUGUGCUUUUGCCUACAAUUGUUAUUUGUAUAAGGUCAAACAAGAAUGUGUUCUUACAACUGUUGCAUUACCCAAGCACACCAUUUCAUUGAGGAAAUUAUAAAAUUGUAAGAUGUUUGGGUUCAUUUUUCUGUCUUAAAUCUUUACUGAAAAUUGGCAAUGCCCCAAACUUCAAAACCGAGACAGAUUUUCGUCCUGUAGAAUGAAUUAACAUUUUUUUAAUGGAACAAGAGCAGCUGAACAAGGUCAUUUAGAUAGUGAAAUUUAGAUAGGAAUGAUGGAUAUUUUCUGUGUCCUCAUAAAUCACUGCAUUAUAUUUGACAUGCAGUGUAACACUUGCACUGUACCGCAUACAGUUAGUACUGUAAUAAGAAUUUGAGUGUAUGGCAUCAAAAGUUUGGCCUUGCACUGUAGGAGCUUAAUGAAACCCAAGACGCAUAACUUGUUCCUGUUUCGAAAACAGAGGAGGACUGUUUUAGAGUCUACUGUAAUUUUCAGUUUGCAGUUUUUAUUGAAAAAUGCUAACACUUUUUACCUGUCUCAAUUCAGCCAAUGAAAUCACUUCUCUGAAUGUUCUUGUUGGCUGAUCUUAAAUUAGUCUGCUGGGUAGCUUUAUGCAGUUUGCUUUGGAGAGGUCAAGGCAUUGAAUGUCUAUAUGUAGUCAGAAUGACUUGACUGUUUGAAUGUCUAUAUUAUGCUGAGUCUUAUGCUGUAUCUCUUGUUGCUUCCAUUAACAAUUUACUGUAUGUAAAAAUAGGAGGUUUUUAAGCAUUUCUGUUAUUAUAAACAAACCAUUUAAUCAAAGAAAAAAAAUUGAUCAAGACAUUGAAUAAUUUUUUUAAUCAUCUACAAAUAAUUAAAAAACCCUUUAAGUGCCUUGAAUUUGAGUCUUACUAGCAUAAACAACCUGUAAGAUCUGGGAAACCUAAUAUUUUGUAAAU